AUGCUUUCCCACGCGAAGGAACUCGUCAAAAGUCCCAUCGUGCAAGGCAUAUUCGGCCUCGUUUUGCUCAAGAUCGGACACUCAGCUUUCAACAAGUACAAAGCGCCCAAGCCCGAGCCCGAGCCGAGCUUCCAAUCAAUCCUCGGCGUCAAGAAUCACCCCGCUAUUAAAACCAUCAAGGAGAUCCGAUGGAACGACCGCUAA